UCGAGAAGGCGGCGGCGUAGAUGGUGUUUGUUGCCUGCGGUUGGCCGCCAGAAAGGCACGUGAGGUCAGUGGCGGUUGUGACGUCACAGCCUCGGCAGUCUCCCUCCCUCGAUGCCCAAGAGUCCCCAUGGAUGACCUGACCCGAACCCUCUCGACCAGCUUUGCUGUGUCCAAGGAGCCCAACAGUACGGCCGCCCCGCACCCUCGGCUGUCCCAGUACAAGAACAAGUACAGCGUGCUGGAGCAGAGCGAGCGGCGCCGACGCUUCCUUGAGCUGCAGAAAAUUAAAAGGUUAAACUAUGUCGACCACGUACGAUGUCUGGCCAAUGGCGACUGGACGGGGGUGGACAGUGAUGGGGAGCUGGACAUGGAGGAGCAGCAGCAGGAGGAUGAAGAGCAGAAGCGGAAACAGGAGCAAGAUGGCAAAGCUGAAGAAGAGGGGAUGGAGAUUGAGAGAAGAAAGCUGCCAAAGCAUUACGCCAACCAGCUCAUGCUGUCAGAGUGGUUGGUGGAUGUCCCUGCAGAGCUGGACUCCGAUUGGUUGAUGGUGGUUUGUCCUGUGGGGAAAAGAUCCCUCAUCAUUGCCUCCAAGGGUUCCACUGCGGCGUACACAAAAAGCGGCUACUGUGUGAACCGUUUCCCCUCCCUGCUGCCCGGUGGGAACCGCCACAACUCAGCCAUGGGAAAAGAUUACACCAUCCUGGACUGCAUUUAUAGCGAAGUAGACAGGACCUUCUACAUCCUGGACAUCAUGUGCUGGCGAGGCCACCCAGUUUACGACUGCCCGACUGAUUUCCGUUUCUACUGGCUCCAGUCCAAAGUGCAGGAGACUGACGGCCUGGCGGAGAUUGCCAAACGCAACCCUUUCCGCUUUGUGAGCCUCCAGAGCACCGAGUGCACGGCGACGUCCAUCCACAAAGCCCUGGCAGCCGAGUACAGCUUCAACGUGGACGGUCUUCUGUUCUACCACCGGCAGACCCACUACACGCCCGGCAGCACCCCGCUGGUGGGCUGGUUGCGCCCCUACAUGAUCGCCGACAUCCUGGGUGUGGAGGUGCCCUCCGGACCUCUCACCGCCAAGCCAGAGUACGCCGGCCACCAGCUGCAGCAGAUCCUGGAACACAAGAAGACCUCCGGCGAGGUGCGGCCGGCUAGCAGGGAUGGCGGCUACGAGCUGGAGCACCUGUCCACACCCACCCAGGACAAUGACCACAACCACAGACCUAUCCAGGAAGCGCAGAUGGAGAACUGAUGUGAUUACUAGCUAAUCAGUAAUUCACCAGCACGCCGCUGUUUUAUUUACAACUUCCUCCUGCAAACUUCUCCCACAGAUCACACUUAAUUUUAAUCAGGCAUCACCCAGGACGACCUCUGAUUGUUUGGCUUGUCCAGAAGUGUUCAAUUUAUCUUCUCUUACCAAUAGGGUUGCAAAGGGGUGGAAAAUCUCUGAUGAAUUUCCAUGAAAGGUUAAGAUGGAGAAUUCCGGAAAUAUCUAUAAAUACAAACAUUUUGUCUAGUCAUAAGACAUCCAUGCAAAAUAAUACAAUUUUAAAAAAAAGUCAUUUCAACUGAUAUAUUUUUUCUGUACAAGUUUGAACUAUUUUAUUGGACAAUAAAUUAUUUCAUUGAAGGACCAGGCCAUGGAUGUUGAGUUAUAUAUUAAUCAUCCCCCUGAGCCAACCCAUUUUAAAAAUAAAUAAAUAAAUGUACCACCCAAUCCAAAAAUAUCAACAAUGUUCCAUUGUAAAUGUUCAAUAAAAACAGCCCCUCUGCCUGCAUUUUAAAAAAAAAGUAUCAUUUAAGACCAUAUGUAAUAAAAAAAAAAAAGCAUCUUCCUUCAAGCUUAAGAUCUGCAUUUGUUGCUCAACACUUUCAGGCAUUGGGUUCUUCAUUUUCAACUAUACUUUAAUUAAAUCUGGCUGUUUUAGUCAGGAUUAUGCUAAAAUAUAUUUUCCUCAACUACAUUUAAACUUCAUAUUAUGCCAACCUCCAGUUUUGUAAAUUCAUGGUUAAUUCCCAUUAAAAAAAAUUCCAACUUUGAAAAUCCCGGAAAUUUGCAAAAGAGAAGAAUGAGGAAGUUACCAAUAUUUCAGUCAUAUGCAGGUUGUAGUUUUUUUUUUUUUUAAAUAAUACAAGUAUAGAAAAGCACUAUUUGUAGUUUCCAAUGCAUCCCAAAUCUGUAUUAAUUCUCUACAAUGGGCUGUCUUUUUUUAUUAUUCAUUUGAAUUUUUUAAUUGUGUAUUCCUAAAUAAAUCUUUUUUAUAGGCUA